CUUGUGGCCUUUGGGGCGCCGUUGGGCUACCCCUCGCCGAAACAACGCAGGAAAAUGUGCACUUCAAUAGCCGAUGAGCUUCCUUUGGGUGCCGGCGAGCAUCCCGGACAACGAUUCAAGGCUUGACGUUCUAUCCACUGGAAUACUCCGUAGGCACACUUGAUAUAAGCCAACUGCCAUGUGGACGGUAGACUGUCGCCCAAGCUGACUGGAGACGAACUUUUGUAGGAAGAACAAUUCUUCUGAAAACAACAAGCAAAAUAUCCAUUCUGGCUGUGGUUUGUCAUUGGAUUAUUGGAAUGAUGUCAGGAGCAGCUAGUAUACAGGCUUUGGUUCUACACGGCGCAAAGGACCUGAGAUUGGAAUCUAGACCUCAACCAUCUCCUCGAGCGGGAGAAGUUCAAAUCGCUGUCAAAGCCACCGGUCUUUGUGGCUCAGACCUGCAUUAUUAUCACCAUGGCCGCAAUGGCAACUUCAUCAUUCAGUCGCCUCUAGUGCUGGGUCACGAAGCUUCAGGCGUAGUUACUGCAGUGUCAGAGUCUGCCAAUGCAGUGGCAAGCUCUUCCAGUCUCAAAGUAGGCGAUAGGGUAGCGAUGGAGGUCGGCAUUCCGUGCCGCUCAUGUUCGCUGUGUACAACAGGGCGGUACAACUUGUGUCCCAAACUAUCGUUCAGAUCAUCAGCAAAGACAUUUCCUCACGCUGAUGGGACGCUUCAGACCAUGAUAACCCAGCCCGCUGAAAUGUGUCACAAGCUACCGGAGAACGUCACGUUCGAGCAGGGUGCCCUGGUAGAGCCUUUGGCUGUUUCCUUACACGCCCUCAAUCGAAGUCAAGUGGCGGGCUCUGGCUCUGGUGUCGCUUUGACCGGCUCAAGCGCUCUUGUUCUCGGCGCGGGUGCCGUGGGGAUGCUUACUGCGGCUGUUCUUGCAGUUGCUGGCGUUACAGAUAUUGUCAUUGCCGACAUUGAUGCUCCCAGAUUGAAGAUUGCAGCGGCUCUUGGAGGUGGUCGAUUCAACCUCAAAACAUUUCUCAUACCCAAGAAGCCAGCUGCCCCAACUAUUGAAGAAACCCUAGCAGGCGCUCAAGAGCUCGCUGCCGAAGUGUCAAAGUCUGCUGGUCUCGAUACAGGGUUCGAUCGAGUGUUCGAGUGCACAGGUGUACCGUCAUGUGUACAGCUAGGAAUAUUUGCCGCCAACGCGGGCGGAAAGCUGGUUCUUGUCGGCAUGGGAAACCCAACCCAGACACUGCCUUUGGGAGCAGCAGCAUUGAGGGAAGUGGAUAUCAUUGGUGUAUUCAGAUACGCCAAUUGCUAUCCUGCUGCCAUUGCUCUGUUCGCGAGCGGCAAGUUGGAUGGUGUGGCAGAGGAUGUGGUCACUCAUCGAGUUAGUCUAGCAGACGGAGAAAAGGCUUUCAGGCUGGCCGCAAAUCAGGGCAGAGAAGGAGAGGACGAGGGUAGAGUCCCAGUGAAGGUUGUCAUUGCUUCAUAGCAUCGGAGGGAAUGUGAAUCUUGUGAACUUGACAUAUGUGCGUCCCCAGAGUCAGCGAAGCUAGUUCGGCCGAACUAUUCAGGC